AAGUCAAACGUUGUUGUGGUUUAUGACUGCGAAUUUGGAACCUACCUUGGCGGUCGAAUGUCAAAGCGAUGUAAAAGUUGUAAGGUAUUCGAACAUUACGGAUAUUAUCCGUUCGAAGGAAUGCGACACGUGGACGACAACAUUUUAAAGAAAGAGUAUUUGCUCAGCACUAAGGAAAACGCGAUUCAUAUGUCGUUGCCUAAGCAGUGUUCUAAUUUAAUCAUAUUUUAAUCUUUCACACCAACACAAAAUAACUGGUGUCAAAAAGCCGUAGUCAGGCGCUUACGCGAAAUGUUACGGCAUGCCUUCGAAAAUUGGCUGGAUCUCAUUAAGGGCAUUCUUGGGAAAAAAAUUAUAAGCACCUUAUUUUCUUCCCUAAUCAUCGUUAACACGGUCACGUUACAUGUCUUCCGUGUUCCGACACUGGCGUCGAAUUUGUCCGCUCAUUAAUAUUGCAUUGUAUUCACUUUACUUUCGGUUGUUAUUUGAUAAUAAUAGGACUGUCUAUCCAAUUUUCCUUGCACAAAGUUCCGUAGAAGUUGCAAUUGAUAGCAAAUUAUGGGUGACAAAUUUUCUUUUACAAUAAAAUUAUAUAUGAAUACCGCUAAUGACAGUCAGAAAGAAAAAAAUCUCAUCCCCCGCCGACCCUCUAGCCCAAAGAGCUUCGAAAACACCAUUCCCAAUAGAAAUUAUCUAAUUCAUUUUGUGAAAUGCUUUUUGCUAAGACGAAAAAUGCAGUGGUUGUUUGUGUGCUGCGAGCAGGGCCUUUUUUUGGAACAAAGAGGAAUAGUUUGGUGUUUGUGCACCUCACGCGUUGCUAUUAGAACGAGGAAUACUUUUGUUGUUUGUGCACUUCGCGCGUUGCUUUUUAUUAGAGCAAAGAUUUCUCUUGUUAUCUGUGCACCUCACGCAGUGCUCUAAAAACGAGGAAUACUUUGCUUUUUGUGCACUUUACGCGGUGCUUUUAGAACGAGGAAUACUUUGUUUUUUAUGCACUUCGCACGGUGCUUUUAGAACAAAAAUUCUUUACAUGUUGUGCGCUUCGCAAAGAUUUCUCUUGUGAUAUUUGCACUUCACGCGGUGCUUUGAGAACGUGGAAUACUUUGUUUUUUUGUUCACUUCGCACGGUGCUUUUAGAACGAGGAAUACUUUGUUUUUUGUGCUCUUCGCACGGUGCUUUUACAACGAGGACUUCUAUGUUUUUUGUGCACUUCGCACAGUGCUUUUACAACGAGGAAUACUUUGGUUUUUUGUGCACUUCGCACGGUUCUUUUAGAACGAGGAAUACUUUAUUUUUUGCACACUUCACACGGUGCUUUUAGAACGAGGAAUACUUUGUUUUAUUGCACACUUCGCACGGUGCUUUUAGAAGGAGGAAUACUUUGUUUUUUGUGCAUUUCGCACGGUGCUUUUAGAACGAGGAAUACUUUGUUUUUUGUGCACUUCGCGCGGUGCUUUUAGAACGAGGAAUACUUUGUUUUUUGUGCACUUUACGCGGUGCUUUUAGAACGAGGAAUACUUUGUUUUUUGUUCACUUCGCGCGGUGCUUU